UGUGUGAGAGAGAGAGAGAGAGAGAGGCAGAGAGAGAGAGAGAGAGAGAGCCUGGCUAACAAAGAUAAGGGACAUUCUCGGGAGGAUCCCGGUGACACUGGUCGGCAGAGACGGGUGGAGGACACGCAGGACACGCAGGACAGCGGGUGUCAGUGUGACAGGAUUAUACACGUGAAUGACUCAGCAGAGUUUAUGCUCCACAGUUGACGGAGGACAGCAGCAGCAGCAGCAGCGGCGGCGGCGGCGGCGGCAGCUUUUACCGUUCCACACAGGACUACAACACAAAGAAGAGGAAACAUCGAAACUGGCACUGAUGAUUAACAAGAGCGUGUGAAGCGUGUGUGGACUGAGGACAUUUCAAAGUGGAGACGAUAGAAGAGACGGAGACACGCGCGCGACACAGUGAAAGCUCCUCAUCUCAGUCAAUGUAAACAAACAGCUAUUCAAGCUAGCCCAAGUUAGCCGAUACUAGGGUUAGCUUUCCACUGCUAGUCCGUGCAGCUAGCGUCAAAUAGUGGGUCAAAGCGAACGUAAACCAGACUGAAGUGUCAAUAUUUCGACUUGAAAUCGACAUUUGAAUCAAAUAUAGCACAGUUGAGCGAAUGACAGCUAUAUUUACUCCCCAAGUAUGCAGCUAGCCUCCAUGCUAACAUCGGCUAAAUGUGAUUUGCGUUAGCAUUAACAACCUAAUAACAUCACAAGCAGCACGAUUCGCGUGAGUUGAACGUGGAUGAUGUUCGUGAAUAGCGACACAGUGUGUCUUUGUCCCACUUGAAGGGUCGGCGUAAAGGCAACAAUAGAGACAUCAUCUUGUCUCCAGCGUUCGAGCAGCUGAUUGGCUGAACACAGGAGGACGUAGGGAUGAAGGAGAACAACUUCUUCUUGCUCUUUCUUAAACAAGUGAUCGCAUCGCGGUAAAGUCUCUCAGCCUCGGUGAGUGUUGUCGUCUGUUGUGUUCGUCAGCAGUUAAACUGACGAACGGGAUCUUCAAUGAUCUUCACUGAUCUUCACUGAUCUUCACUACACACAUGUCCACCACCGCUCAGUGUGGACCGGUUUGUUUCAUUGAUCUAGUUAGUAGUUUAGUUUGACUUGAGUCUAGGGGGAGCCCAUCUGUUCUAGUCGUUUAUGGACACUUGUUGCGAACAGUUUUCACCUUGUCAGGGUUUGAAUGAGAUUAUCUGUGUUGGAGGUCCCGGCUGUAAAUCACUCAGUCAGUCAAUAAGAACGGCUCUCAGCUGUGUUUUGGUUGCUCCCCUCCCCCAGCCCACAAGUCUUCUUUUCAAGAGUCCCUCGAUCCUCGGUCGACUCUUUGGACGACAAUAACAGGGGUGUUUUGUUUUUUAUCGUGGGCCCUCGAGCAGCUCAACAUUGGAUGUAAUGGAACUGAUGUUCGCCGAGUGGGAGGACGGGGAGAGGUUCUCAUUCGAAGACUCGGACCGGUUCGAGGAAGACUCUCUGUGCUCCUUCAUCUCAGAGGCCGAGAGCCUCUGUCAGAACUGGAGAGGAUGGAGGAAGCAGUCUGCUGGACCCAACUCACCCACUGUCAAAAUUAAAGAUGGUCAGGUCAUUCCCCUGGUGGAGUUGUCAGCUAAACAGGUGGCGUUCCACAUACCAUUCGAGGUGGUGGAGAAAGUCUAUCCCCCAGUCCCUGAACAGCUCCAGCUACGCAUCGCCUACUGGAGUUUCCCUGAAAAUGAGGAAGACAUCAGGUUAUAUUCCUGCCUGGCCAAUGGGAGUCCAGAUGAAUUUCAACGUGGAGAGCAACUGUACAGGAUCAGAGCUGUCAAAGACCCGCUUCAGAUCGGCUUCCACCUCAGUGCCACAGUGGUGACCAGUCAGGCCGGUCAGUCUAAAGGAGCCUACAACGUGGCUGUUAUGUUUGACCGCUGCCGCAUCACUUCCUGUAGUUGCACAUGUGGUGCAGGAGCCAAAUGGUGUGCCCAUGUUGUAGCGCUGUGUCUCUUCAGGAUCCACAAUGCAUCAGCAGUGUGUCUUAGGGCUCCAGUCUCUGAGUCUUUAUCUAGACUGCAGAGGGACCAGCUCCAGAAGUUUGCCCAGUACCUCAUCAGUGAACUGCCUCAGCAGAUCCUUCCCACCGCUCAGCGGUUGCUGGAUGAGCUGUUGUCUUCUCAGUCCACUGCCAUCAACACUGUGUGUGGAGCUCCAGACCCGACUGCAGGCCCUUCAGCUUCUGACCAGAGCACUUGGUAUUUGGAUGAGUCGACUCUCAGUGACAACAUCAAAAAGACUCUACACAAGUUCUGUGGGCCGUCACCUGUUGUCUUCAGUGAUGUAAACUCCAUGUACCUGUCGUCCACGGAGCCGCCCGCAGCUGCAGAGUGGGCGUGUCUGCUGCGACCACUGAGGGGCCGCGAGCCAGAAGGCAUCUGGAACCUUUUGUCCAUCGUCAGGGAGAUGUUUAAGAGACGAGACAGCAACGCAGCGCCGCUUCUGGAGAUCCUCACAGAGCAGUGUCUCACCUAUGAACAGAUCAUCAGCUGGUGGUACAGCGUCCGGACGUCAGCCUCCCACAGCAGUGCCAGCGGCCACACUGGACGCAGCAACGGCCAGUCAGAGGUGGCGGCUCACGCCUGUGCCAGCAUGUGUGAUGAGAUGGUGGUGCUCUGGAGGCUGGCGGUGCUCGACCCGACCAUGAGCCCCUGCAGGCGUCUGGAGCUGGCUGUCCAGUUGAAGCAGUGGCAUCUCAAAGUCAUUGAAAUCGUGAAGCGGGGGCAACAUCGGAAAUCCUUGGAUAAACUGUUCCAGGGCUUCAAGCCUGCGGUCGAGUCCUGCUAUUUCAACUGGGAGGUUGCCUACCCACUGGAAGGCAUCACCUACUGUAGUGCCGAUAAGAAGAGCGCAAACUUCUGCUGGUCCAGAGCAGUGCAACAUCAACGAGGAGUCAAAGCUGCCGCAGGGGGGGGUGGAGACGCGGAGUCAGGGGGAGUAGGGAGAGCUGAAGGUGGAGAUUGUAAAGGAAGAGGCAGCAGUCACUUGUCCCAACAGGAGGUGGCAGUACGACCCAAGGAGACCAUUCUGACCAAGAGGAAGGGGCUGUCUGUGAGCGGCGGCGGGGGGAUGCUGGUCCGUCUUGGGGGGAGUGUCUCUCUGUCCCUGGACGAUGGAGGUGUGAAGUGCAUGUACAAAGGGCCAGGGUCCUCCUCUGGAGGAAAGCUGAAACUGACUCCUGGAGGUAUAAAGGGUGCAUCUGUUGGAGGUGCUGCAGGGAAUGGAGGGUUAGGAGGCGGUAAGCACGGCAGCGCCAAGCGGAGAACCAGCAGUGAGGAUAGCUCCCUGGAGCCGGACAUGGCUGAGCUCAGUCUGGAUGAUGGCUGCAAUCUGGCUCUGGGCGCUGAGGCAAGCAACACUUUUGAGUUCCUCCCUCCACCACCAGAGAUGGUGCCGUCUCCGAGCCCCCUGCUGCGAGACUCUCGCAAGUACAACAGCAGCAGCACGGGAGGCAAGAACUUUGAUACCAAGCGCAUCGGCCUUAACGCGGCUGUACUUCCUGCUCCAGAGCCCACUCACCCCUGCUUCCCCUCCAAAGAGACGGUGGCAGGUGUUACGGACACGCCCAGUGCUGCAGAGAAGCAGGCGGAGGCGGAGCCGGAGCCGGAGCCGGAGGUGGAGUCUGUCCAGAACAAAGACGAAGAUGUGGACUCACCUGACAGUAACCAUCCAUCCACCUCCAGCGCAACAGCAAGACCAGGCACCGCUCCAGCAUCUGCAAAGGCACCGCGCGGCAACAGAGAGGUGGUGCCUGCAGGAGCUCCAGAAGCUGCAGAAGCUGCAGGAGCUGCAGGAGCUGCAGAAGCUGCAGAAGCUGCAGGAGCUGCAGGAGCUGCAGGAGCUGCAGGAGCUGCAGGAGCAGCGGCUGCAGGUGGACCAGCUGGAGGAGAAGCUGUGGGUGAGGACGACUAUCAAGCGUACUACCUGAGCGCUGCCUCAGAGGAGGGAGCAGAGCGGCAGCUGACUGACAACCAUCAGGAGGAAGAGCCAGACAUCUUUGCUGGAAUCAAACCUCUGGAGCAGGAAGGACGCAUGGAGGUUCUGUUUGCGUGUGCAGAGGCUCUGCACGCCCAUGGUUACAGUAACGAGGCGUGCCGGCUGGCCGUGGAGCUGGCCACUGACCUGUUGGCUAACCCUCCAGACCUGAAGGUGGAGCAGCCACAGACCAAGGGGAAGAAGAGCAAGGUGUCGACCAGCCGUCAGACACAGGUGGCGACUAACACGCUGUCCAAAGCUGCUUUCCUCCUCACUGUCCUCAGUGAGAGGCUGGAGCUGCACAACCUGGCCUUCAGCACUGGCAUGUUCUCCCUGGAACUCCAGAGACCACCGGCAUCCACCAAAGCUCUGGAGGUGAAGCUGGCCUAUCAGGAGUCAGAGGUGGUGUCUCUGUUGAAGAAGAUCCCUCUGGGUCUGGUGGAGAUGUCGGCCAUCAGAGAGAGAGCUGAGCAGCUGAGAGACGGAAACUUCUGUGAUUACAGACCGGUGCUGCCGCUCAUGUUGGCCAGCUUCAUCUUUGAUGUCCUGUGUACUCCAGUUUGUGCAGUGGUGUCCCCAACAGGGUCCCGUCCACCGAGCCGUAACCGUAACAACGAGAUGCCCGGUGAUGAAGAGCUGGGCUUCGAGGCAGCUGUUGCUGCAUUAGGCAUGAAGACCACGGUCAGCGAGGCAGAACAUCCUCUUCUCUGUGAGGGAACCAGGCGCGUGAAGGGUGACCUCGCUCUGGCCCUCAUGAUCACGUAUAAGGACGACCAGAGCAAGCUGAAGAAGAUACUUGAUAAGUUGUUGGACAGGGAGAGUCAGACCCACAAGCCUCAGACUCUCAGCUCCUUCUACUCCAGUAAGCCAGCAGCCGGCAGCCAGCGCAGCCCGUCCAAGCACACUAUCUCUGGCCACAGCGGGGUGGGCGGAGCUACAGGGGGAGUCUCCAAACACGCACCUUCAUCUUCCUCUUCAGCGCCCACUGUGACAGCCUCUUCCUCUGCUGUGACACUGGCUGCAGAAGAGGUCGCUCGUCAGGCCGAACUACAGCCAGUGCAAAGCAGCACAGCAGGGGAGAGCACUGCUGAGACCAGGGAGCAUGUAUCAGAUGGGCCUCCGUCAUCCAGUGACCAGCAGAAUGAGACGGCUCCGUUUAAGCUGGAGGUCACUGUUCCCAGUCGACUAGCAUUGGGCGCGCGCUGUGGUUACAGCCAACGCUGCUGGGGCUCACCUGUGCGACAGAAGAAGAAACACACUGGCAUGGCAAGUAUCGACAGCAGUGCUCCAGAAACCACCUCAGACAGUUCCCCCACCCUCAGCCGCCGCCCACUCCGGGGCGGCUGGGCCGCAGCAUCGUGGGGGCGGGGCCAGGACAGUGACAGCAUCAGCAGUUCAUCAUCAGAUUCGUUGGGCUCCUCCUCCUCCAGCGGCUCUCGUAGGGCAGGGGGCGGGGCCAGAGCAAAGAGCAAUGACACCAGCAGGUACAAAGGGCGGCGCCCAGAGUGCCAUGCCCCCCACGUACCCAAUCAGCCGUCAGAGGCCGCAGCACAUUUUUACUUUGAGCUGGCCAAGACGGUGCUGAUCAAAGCCGGAGGAAACUCGUCCACCUCCAUUUUCACUCAGCCCUCAGCCAGUGGGGGCCACCAGGGGCCCCACAGGAACCUCCACCUGUGCGCCUUUGAAAUCGGCCUGUACGCCCUUGGACUACACAACUUUGUCUCUCCCAACUGGCUCUCCAGGACCUACUCCUCUCAUGUGUCCUGGAUCACUGGCCAGGCCAUGGAGAUUGGCAGUGCUGCUCUGAACAUCUUGGUGGAGUGCUGGGACGGUCACCUGACUCCUCCAGAGGUGGCGUCCUUAGCAGACCGAGCGUCGCGGGCCAGAGACCUUAACAUGGUGCGGGCGGCAGCAGAGCUGGCCCUGAGCUGUCUGCCUCACGCUCAUGCUCUGAAUCCUAAUGAGAUCCAGAGAGCACUGGUGCAGUGUAAAGAGCAGGACAACGUGAUGCUGGAGAAGGCCUGCAUGGCAGUAGAGGAAGCAGCUAAAGGAGGGGGCGUGUAUCCUGAGGUUCUGUUUGAAGUGGCUCAUCAGUGGUACUGGCUGUACGAGCAGUCUGUGGGCGGGGGCUCGGCCCAGCAGAGGGAGACGUCUGGACGUUGCGGGGCCAACGGGGGUUCGGGCAGGAGGUCACAGGAAUCCACCUGCGUGGUCCUGGACGGCGGGGUCAACAUGGAGUCUCAGGGGACGGCGACCGUCACGGCCUCGGUCACGGCGGCGGCCGUGGUGCCCGUCAUCUCCGUGGGCUCCACCAUCUACCAGUCCCACGCCAUCGCGGGCCAGGCCAUGGCUCACCCUCACACCCAGGGCCUCCACCCCUACACCACCAUACAGGCCCACCUCCCCACUGUGUGCACCCCACAGUACCUGGGACACCCUCUGCAGCAUGUCCCCCGCCCCACUGUCUUUCCUGUGACUGGAGCUGCUUAUCCACAGGGAAUGCACCCAGCGUUUAUCGGGGCUCAGUUCCCGUUCUCCGUGGCCACUGGCCCACAGCCACCCAUGACAGCCACAGCUGUGACUUUCCCUGGUGUCCCCGUCCCAUCCAUGACUCAAAUAGCCGUCCAUCCCUACCACACUGAGAGCGGCCUGCCGCUCAGCACCACUGUAGCAGUCGGCAGCGUCCAUGCGGGCCAGACCAUCCAGACCAUCCAGGGAGCGUCCAUGCCGUCCCUCUCCUCACAGCCCGGCUCCAUGGUCAGCACUCACACUUUCCUGGCAGAGGACGAGCAGCACAGUCAGCCCAUCAGCCAGCAGGGGCUGCACCACCUGCACUCGGCCUACAGAGUUGGCAUGCUGGCAUUAGAGAUGCUGGGUAGAAGAGCUCACAACGACCAUCCUAACAACUUCUCCAGGAGUCCUCCUUACACUGAAGAUGUGAAGUGGCUGCUGGGACUGGCUGCUCGGCUCGGAGUCAACUAUGUGUACCAGUUCUGUGUGGGAGCAGCAAAAGGUGUCCUCAGUCCGUUUGUCCUGCAGGAGAUCAUCAUGGAAGCGCUGCAGAGGCUAAACCCCGCCCACAUCCACGCCCACCUCCGGACACCUGCUUUCCAUCAGCUUGUCCAGCGCUGCCAACAGGCUUACCUGCAGUACAUCCACCACCGGCUCAUCCACCUGACACCUGCAGACUACGACGACUUUGUCAACAUCAUCCGCAGCGCGAGAGGAGCGUUCUGUCUGACGCCUGUGGGCGUGAUGCAGUUUAACGACGUGCUGCAGAACCUGAAGAGAGGCAAACAGACCAAGGAGCUGUGGCAGCGCAUUUCCCUAGAGAUGGCAACCUUCUCACCCUGAUCCUGGUCCUGGUCCUGGUCCUGGUCCUGAGGCUGAGGCUGAGGCUGCCUCCAACACUGCUACUGCCACUACAUCUGCUGCUGUGUGGUUCCUCUGCAACACAACACAACACAGCACAGAGACAGGACAAUCACCACAGAGACUUUUUAUAAACCUGCUCUCUUCUUCUUCUUCUUCUCUUUUCCACUGACUCCUCCUCACUCAUUCUUUUUCCUUGGUUCAUGUUGGUGUAACUGUGGAAAUUAAAAAGUGUACUCCUUCCUUUCUGCAUCUAAUCCAUCUUUUCCAUUUCCCCCACACUGAAGACAUUUGAUGGGUCUGUCUGUCUGUCUGUCUGUGUCUGUCUGUCUGUCUGUCGCGCCUCCAUCCUCACUUUAUUUCCAGUGUUUCCUAGUUUUUCUACAGUUGUGUUUGUGGAUGCGAGUGCUGAUGCUGUGGAUGUGCAGUGUGGGAGAAAAGGAAAAAACACAAGUUUAAUAAGAGAAAUGUGAGGAUUUUUUCAGUAUUUUGUUGAAUCUUUUUUGAUAUUUUGUAUAGAAUCUGAAUGCAGAUAGAAAUGGGAGCGAGAGUGUGAGAGAACAUUAAAAGGUGCUGUUGCUGUGGAUCCACAUUGACAUUUCUGCCUGACGAGCGACACGGACACAACUUCAGAGUCCGGCAAAGCAGGACCACACUCACUCUUCCUCUAUGUUAGAACCAGGUCCAGGAUGUUCUGUUCUCACCUGAGCUGAUCGUGUGGUUGUAUGAGAUAUUGACACAGUCAUGAUAUAUUAUGUCACUGUUCUGACACGCGAGCCCCAAAGUCCAGAGAAAAUCUGUGUUUGAAGUCAGGAGAAGUCGGCUUACGUCAGUGAAAGCAGCAACAAUGUUUCCAUGUUGAGCUUCAAACACAAACUAUGAUUCACUGUCAAAGUUUGAUUAACGUUCAGAUUUCAUACGUGAUCUCCCACACACACACACACACACACACACACACACACGCUCGCUCAUGUACCUGUGGUGCUGUUUCUCUGUGUCCAGGCUCUGACUCUGCUGGUUGUGAACGUGCCUCUCUGAUUGGCUCGAGGGCCUCGCAGGCAAAGGGCGACUUCGUAGAAAAUGUACUGUGAUAUUUUUGUAUUCCUCAACCAAGUGUAGCUUGAUUGAAAAGUUCUAUAUGUGACGAUUGCUAAAGGUUCUAAAUUAGAGUGAAAAACGAAAUAAAAAAAACGUAAAAGCAAUACUGAAUGUGUAGAGUUUACUUAAUAAAGUUAUUUCAAAAUGCUAA